AUGGCAGUAACUCUUGACACGCGUCGCAUUCGGUCGUCGACAAAGGCUGAGCUUCGAGACUACUACAAACAGCUCUUGAGCGAUGCAUCAGCCGAACCUAUUACAACGCAGCUUCUGGAUGCCAUUGAGAGAGGCUCGAUUCCACCAUCUACUUUUGCGCCAUGGCUCAACCUGUCGAAAUCACCUGCUGCCAUCCGGGAAGCCAUCACUCAAAACAAAUCUGUUAUAGUUCGCAACCUCGGGAUUACGCAGUUACGUCAAGCGCUUUCUUCCCCGCAAUGGCAAGAGAACUGGAAUGGUGUUGGCGGAGUGACUGGCUUGCUGGAAACUUUUGCUGAUCUCUCGGUCGUAGAGAUUAGGGAAGCCUGUAGAGCGAUUGGAAGUUGUGGCACAGGUGAGGACUUGGAGAAUAAACGAAGACAAAUUACAGAGCUUUUCAAAGGCUUGCAUCCUGAGCUCUUCCCCGAUGCGCUGCACAAGACUCGCGACCGUCGUCUGCUGGACAAGCAUUACCAAUACCUCAUGCCUGCAUGUUCGGAAGAGCUGGUCGCAGAAGUCAUCGCCAAGGGCCCACAGGAAGAUUUGAAAGAGGCUCAUGGAAGAUAUCUUCUAAAGUAUCAUACGAGGACAUUGCAAAGAGAGUUUCUUCGGUUGCUGCAUUCGGAGAAAACCCCCACAAUCGACAAGAAGAUACUCGCAGGCCUAUUGCACGACUACCCUAAGGCCAAGGCCUAUGUUCGCGGCUUUUCGGAGUCUAUGGUGUUCUCUCUAGAGGUUCUCAAAGUAUUGUCAAAUUCAGGGCGCGAUGACGUAGGGGAUGAAUUUUUUGUUAAUCAGCUUGCCGGUCCCCUCUUAGGACGCGCUAUCAAGAAACAUGCGGACUGGGCCAAGAUACAAGAGAUUGUUAACUUUACGGUACUCUACCUGGAAACUCAUCCGAGUGCGGGAAGAAAGAUCACUAUCGCAGAGGGUGAUAUCUUUCACCAGGUGGCCAUAUGCUGGUCGCAUAUGCCGGAACUCUUCGAGAAACAACUGCGAUGGCUUUUAUCUCAUCCAGAAUUUGGCACAUCCAAGAAGGAUCGUCUGACAGACUGGGAAGGAUUUCUGAGCGGAAUCUCGAAAACACGAACUUAUUCGCUGCUACAACUAUGCUACCAAGAGUCGACCGGGAUUGAUCUUGAUAUCGAUGCAGAUCUCGCUAAAAUCAAGGGGUCACUGCAUACAAGUCUCCUUUCCAGCUUGUCUCAUGGCGGAGCUUUGUCGCUUUUCACUCGCUUGCAGAGAGUGCGUAACGAUACGAAGGCAUCCUUGGUAUCCGGUCAUACCUUCUCAUUACUUGGAAGUGAUGUGGAACUUCAUCACAUGUGGUUACUUAGCCAGAACAACUUCAACGACCAAGUCAAGGAGAUAGCGAUACCAUACAUGGAUGCCCGGAAGAAGAAAGCGGCCUCUGCAUCUGAGCCAGAACAGAGAACCUCCUACGCCAAGUCAGUUCUAUCUGCUGCCGUUGCCAGCGGGUCACUGGAACUAUUGAAAGAGUCUCUGGAAUGGGUAAAGAGAUUUAUCCGUGAUCCUUUGGUGUUUCGCAAGAUCUACAGCUCGUGGCAUACCUAUGAUGCGGUACGGUUGCUCUCAGGCAUUCCCGAGUUCAUCGACGGUUCGUUCAACCUGCCUCAAUUGCGAGAGAGAGUAAAGUUUUCAAACUCGAUUCUCGCCAGUAUUUUUGAUACAGCAUGUGCGGCCUUGUUAGAGCCUUCGUUCUCUACCAGAGUCUGGGGCGAUAUCUUUGCGAUAUUUUACGACGUUGUCAAGGAACGGAUGGAUUGCACCUCUAUCCUCAAAAGAAAGCUCAAUGCUCUGGAUUCCGGAGUCUACACUUAUCUCUGGGAGGACACGAUAGAAAUGCUCUUAGCAGUCGAAGAGAAGGCGAACAAAGUAGGCCAUGAAAAGCUGCAGGCAAAUCUCUUGCGGGGAAUACUGGCCUUUCCUUACCCAUCGAACAUUGACAUCGAGAUAAGAGACGCCUCAUCGUACCAGUUUGUUAACGAUCUCGCUCAAGCGAGGAACGAACUCUGGUGCAAAAUACGCGCAUCUACCUAUCCCGCUGUGAUUACUCUCCCUGAGCCUCUCCCACGAGGCCUGCCGAUUCAAUAUCUCACAGCACCAUGGAACUUCGUUUCCCUCGACUCACUCGAGAAAAUUCCCUACCUCGCAUCUCGCGUGCACGACGUUUUAUUUCCGGACCCCGCCAAAAUCCUCCAGGUGGCUCCUACAGACGAGGAAUUUCAAAAAGCCAUUAGCAUAUGCGUGGAUAGCUAUACCUGUGCUGUCGAGCUGUACAUACCCAAGAAAUGCAGUAAGUUAGAAAGGGUAACACGUGUAAAGAGCGUCUGGGACUAUGCAACAGGUCCAUUGAGUCGUCAUAGGAUGUCCGAGCCAGAAGCAGUACGCUUUUGGGAACACGCUGCACCUGGCUAUCUGAAAGAAUGGCCAACACCGGAUCGGGCUCAUGAAAUUUGGCCUUUGAUACCUCAAGGUAAUGAUCGUCAUGAGCCCUGUGAAUGGAAUCCACUUACGUCAAGAAGACCUGAUGAUCCGGAGCGCGAUUUUGAUGAGGUUGCAUUCUUAGAUCUCUCUCGUGCUGUGCCAACGGGUACCUACAAUCCUACGGUUCACGAGAGAAUGGAGAUCGAGCCUUCCGGGGUACCUGGCCGCACAACAGAUUUGAGCACCAUCUGGAGCCCGUCGCGCAAUAUCGGCGAAGGUGGAGUGCUCUCGGCUUUGUUGUAUCUUGAUGCGGAGUACGUAAAGACAAAUCGUCUUUUGGCUAAACCAUUUAUCUCAGACGUGGAUGAGAGGUAUCCUGCUAUGUAUCUCGACGAUGCUUUCCUCGAUGCAGACAUUCCUGACCCAAUCUCGGCGGCUAAGAAUAUUCGUGGCCAUAUUGACGCAAUACCCCCUGCUCUACUGGAACAGCUCACCCAUAGCCUCAUUGACGCGCUUGACUCUACAUAUUCGGACAAAGCCGUUUAUAGUACAUUGCACGAGGUCGCAUUGAAUUUAGUGAUACGACUGGGAGAGAGUGAUAGACCCUCUCUAGCUACGCCAUUGGCUAUACGUAUCGUCCUGCAUAGACCGAAAUCAAGCUCGUGGCAUCGGCAGCUGUUGAAGGAAGGUUUCCUACACAGAAUAUCGGCUUCCGAGGCCCGAUCUUGCAUCAACACUUUCGUAACCAAUACCAUGCAGAUGUCAGAGCCUAUGGAGAAACCCAAAGAGCUGGCCAAAAGUCAAGAAGAUGCGCCCUAUAUCAAAGUCACGACGAUCAAGUUCCUCAUCAAGAUUUUGCAAGAGCUAGAAUACGUCGGGGCAGACUAUACUCUACCAAAGCUUCUGGCGCUUUCCAAAGGAAACCGCCAUAGAGACAUCUGCUUGACAAUCAUCAACAGCGUACUAUGGUUACCCAUACUCGAGUCCUCGCAAUAUUGGGAUCAAACGCUACCUCUCUUGGAGUCAGUGCUACCUUUGGCCGGAGCACUAGAUGAACGAGCGCCGAUGGACGAGGCAAAAUGGUUACAGAGUGAGCAAGAUCUCGUGCUACCUGAGUUCCCAAAGGGCUUUACGUGUAUGCUUGAUCAUUUGGUUCUGAAUGUGCUUCUCAAGUAUUUCAACCAGGGCAAGAAUAGCGUUGGCAGGAUGCAGCAAUUCCUCGCACGCAUCAUAUUACCAGCCUUCGGAAGCCUCAAAGACCAAGCAGUGAGAUGGACGACACUGUUUCUCCGAAAGUACGGAAUCUCAAAAGAUGACCAGGAAGAGCUCAAUCUUCCUAGUGUGCCCAUAGCCCUCCGUAUACUCACGAGAUCUGGCAAUCGAUUUCAUCUUAUUCCGCGCGCCAUCUUGGAAGAAUACGUGGCGUGGGUACACUUCAACAUCUCCCCACCAGAGCUUAUCCGAGCACUCAAUGAGAGGCUACGCUCUGACAAGGCUCUGAGUGGACUUGCAGAAGUUCAGACAUGGCUAUCACUUUACGGAGAAGAAAUCAAGGGUGUGCCGUCCAUUAUCAUGCCGCUUCUGGACCAUGCGGAAAAUGACACUCCCAUUACACCUCGACUCAUCCAAGAAGCGUUUCUCAAGCUCUUCACUGCAGUACUGUGGAAUGACACACCAUCUUACACAAAGCUGACAAGCAAUCUAUGCGGCGGGAUACUAGAUCCCAGAUGUCUCACAAAACCAUGGUGGGCAGCAUCUGGCAAGCCUGUCGUUGAAGCAAUGAUCGCCUAUGUAGAUAGCCUGCGCACAAGAGAGUGGGAGCGUGACCCUGACCGUGCGCCAUCUGUCUUGCCCGAUACCUUCCCUUGGCGUCUCCUCACGCUCGACUACCCCCUGCCAUUGCGCGGAGAUACAGAUACCGACUGCGAACUCAAAAGCGAAACCUUUGCAAAACAACUCUCCGCAAUUGUUGACGAAAUGAGCGGUUUGGGGGUCUACCACCAUCGCCUGGAUAAUUUACGCACCUAUCUCAACGCCGAUAUCGCACUGCCCAGCAAAUCCGGGGGCUCUUCCGACUAUGACCCACUUCGCGAUACACUGGCGAAUAAUCGGAUAUUGACGGCGAUACAACUUGGGGAUCUGUCAAAGAUGAGAUUGAGUUGGGUGACGUCGCCAGAGGUGCUCAGGUGUGAGGUUGCGGCCAUUUUGGUGGAGAAGGUUGGGCACGAUGUGCAGGCAGAGAAGAAAGUGAUAAGAGAAGACGUUAGGCAGAAAUUGAUUGCGAUGUUCGCGGCAUGGAAGGCUUGUGAAAAUGAGCAGCUGAGGAGAAGGGGUUGGCAGCUCGCGAAUUGCUAUUUCGGCUAG